UUUCUGGUCCUAAAUAACACAAAACGAACAAAUCGAGACACUCUGAAAAUAAACACAAAUUUCAUACCUCCAACUUCGAAGUACUUUUGCUUCGGCAAUUCCCACACAGAAAUGGCUGUUAAUUCGUCCACUCACUGCGCACCUCCUCUCAACCGUCCUCUUCGACGUCGUCUACCUCCUGCUUUCUUCAUUCGGACCUCAGCCAGACCACUUUUCCCCAACGAAGUUCCAAAUCGACGUCUCGUUUCAGUUCGGGCCAAUAAGCCCGGUUUCGACGGGUUUAGAUCCAAGAAAUCCACGAAUUUGACAAAUUCUGAAGCUCAGAUUGGAGUUUCGUGUUCGUCUUCGUCAUCGGUGGUUGAUUUCCUGACAUUGUGUAAUCGUCUGAAGACAACGAAAAGGAAAGGAUGGAUCAAUCAUGGAAUAAAGGGUCCAGAGUCAAUUGCUGAUCACAUGUACCGCAUGGCUUUAAUGGCUUUGAUCGCUGGUGACAUUCCUGGCGUGGAUAGAGAAAGGUGUAUUAAAAUAGCAAUUGUGCAUGAUAUCGCCGAAGCUAUUGUUGGUGAUAUAACACCAUCUGAUAAUGUGCCCAAAGAAGUAAAGAGCAGAAUGGAGCAGGCAGCUUUGGAUGAAAUGUGCAAAGUUCUUGGUGGUGGGAUGAGGGCUGAAGAGAUCAAAGAACUCUGGACAGAAUAUGAAAAUAAUGCUUCCAUAGAAGCUAAUCUUGUCAAAGAUUUUGAUAAAGUUGAAAUGAUUCUGCAGGCACUGGAAUAUGAAAUGGAACAGGGGAAGGUGCUUGAUGAGUUUUUCCUUUCAACGGCAGGAAAAUUUCAGACAGAGAUAGGAAAGAAAUGGGCUGCUGAAAUUAAUCAUAGAAGAAAUUCAAAAUUGGUGAACAAACUUGAUUGAUGUCCCGGUUCAACUAACAUUUCAUUUGUCAUUUAAAACAAGCCUUUUUGAAGGGUAAAUUGUGGAAUGGAGCGCCCCUUCAUGUUUUUCAUCUUCCUUUUUUAGUCUUUGGGUAGGAUAACUGCUAACAUUUAAUCUGCAAGCAACCAAAAGGGUUACCAUUAGCAAAUGAAUAACCAUAGAAUCAAACUCUUGUAAUCCAGCCGGGCAUAGUAGUUCAGUGUCUAAAUCUAACUGGUACCAAUGCUUAGUCGGACAAGCAUGCUGUAAUAUUUAUGUACUGAAGCUGUCAUCUUUGAAUAUAGGAUUUUCCAGUCUUCUAAUUUAGAAAGCAGGCAGAAUCUUUGAAGCUCAAUAUUUGAUGUUUAUGUAUUUGCAGAGUCAAAUCUUAUGAGCAGUUGGUUAAAAAUAUUUGAAGAAAUACAAUUUCAUAUAUUGGUUUUUUAU